UAAAAUCAGUGCCUAAAUUCCAAGUAUAACCCCAACUCCAAGUGAAGAGCCCAAAGAGCUAGAGCGUAGUUCCGUCUCCAGUCGUCGCCAUGAGCACCUCGCGCAAAUUCGGCAUUGGCCAGCUGGCGCUGCAGAAUCAGGGAGUGCGCAAGCUGUGCCAGAGCCAGGCCAAUCUGGCGAGCAAGAAGUCGUCGCAGCACUGGCCGCCCAUUCUCAAGCGCGGCAGCGGCGCGUCCAGCGCGGACAGCCCCACGCGGCUGAGCAAGGUGAUUGGCGUGAAGAAGACGCUGGUGAAUCAAAUCCAGGGCAUGGCGCAAUCGCCGCGUCAUCCGUUCAAGCGCUCCAUUUCCCAUGGUCUUGCCGGCGGCUCUGGCUCUGGCUACAAGAUCUAUGGCCAAACGCAACUCUUCUCCUCCAUGAGCAGUCUGCACACGACGUCUCAUGGGGCCAGGCAGAGCCUGAGCCUCGGUCAUGCGCAGCGACGCUUCCUCUCCAGCGGCACGCGCCAAAGCCUGCGCUCGAGCGGCUCGAUGCAGCAGCGCUACCACCAGAUCGGCUCCAUGUACGAGCAGAAGAACGGAGUGGUGGCCAGGAACAUCAGUCGCUCCAUACAGUCCGAGCUGAUGGACAUUGAUCCGUCGAUAAAGCGUCUCAUCAGCUGCGUGCGCCUCAAGAGCGACGAGAACGCCCACGACAACGCCCAGCAGUCCAUGAAGUCGCACAUCGAUCCCUUCCAGGGCUGGAACCAUCCCAGUCUGACGCUCAAGCAGAUGGGCCCGCCGCCCGAGCUGAACGACGACGUCACCGCGGACAAGUUCCGCCAGCGCAAGCCGCUCCGCCGUAAGAUCGCCAACAUACGCUUCAGGGAUGGCUCCAGGGAGGCGCUCAGGCCGCAGUUCGCCCAAGUGCCCGCUCGCCGCGCCUCCUCCCAGCUGGGCGAGCUCUACAUCAAGACGGCCAAGCAGCACGAGACGUCGUCGUCGUCGCCGCCUCCGCAGCGCUAUGCACAGUCGAGCAAGUCGCAGUCGCCUCGAGCAGACGCGGAACACAUGCACCUGGAGGACGAGGACGAUCAGCCGCCGCCACUGAUGCUGCCCAGCAAGGCGAAACUCUGCGAAGCCGCCGAGCGCUACACGCAGCCGUCGACGGAGCGCGAGUUCAUCGAGCGCACCAUACUGAAGGAUCAAGAAGCUGGCGCUGCUGGCAGCGGCCGCAUGGACGAGCUGCACUAUCAGUCCAAGAUGGCGGCGAAUCUGAUCAGCGCCUCCCAGCGCGUCAUCAACAAACAGUACGAGGGCUACCGCAACCAGAGCGCGGACUCGCGCACGCAGGCGAAGAUCGCCAAGAACAUUGUGCAGUCGGUCAAUGUGGCGCCGCUCGCCAGAGCCGCAGCCAAGCGUCCGCCAGCGCCCAAGAUGCGGCUCAAGACUGUGGGACGCGUCAGCCCCUUGAGCGGCCAAGCCAAGCCCAAGCCGAGCAGCUUCAAGACACUAAAGCACAACAAGAGCAGCAAGAGCUCGAAACCGAAGGAGGCCAAGCGGGAGGAGCUGCUGCCGCUGCAGUAUGGACGGCCAACUAGAAUGCCCAACACGCUGCUGCAUCAGUUGUCGCGGGAUUCGGUGAUGCAGUUGGGCGAGAAGCGCGAGUCGUUGCGCCCCGAUGCGGAGGCGGCCAAGCAGGAAGUGAGUGUGCUGGCGCCGCCAAAGAAAUACACCAAGGAGUCGGCCGUGCAGCGCUUGGGCCAAGUGGUGGAGCAGCGCUCCAGUCACAUCUACCAGCUGCAGCAGCGUCUGCGCCAGUGAAAGAUUCAGAUUGCAUUCAAGUCAAAAUUCACAUUGAAAUAUUUACAAAAUUGUGUUGUGCGUCCUUAAAUUUGUACUCGAGAUAUAGGAAACUAUAUAUGUAACUUCGAUCGUGUGAAUUGCUCUCAAAUCUGUCGAAAUAAAUUGUUGUACUAUUCGAAA